AUGAUUAUUAAUUCAGUCCACGAAGUAGAGGAACAACUUCAAUACAUUUCGUUUUAUGCCUGGUUCAAUGUCCAGUGGGACGACGAAUUUUUGACUUGGAACGAGACAGAGAAUUCCGAAAUAAAAACGAUUGUUUUGCCUUUUCAGAAAAUUUGGGUUCCAGAUUUAUCCAUUAUUGACUCUGAGAGCAACUUUUAUAAAACUGGGGCUCAUUCGUUUGUAACGGUGAAUGCUAACGGUCAUGUGGUUUGGUUUCCUGGAGGAAAGUUCGUUGUCACUUGUGGGCUGAAGAUGAAGAAAUUUCCUUUCGAUAAACAGACAUGUUCUAUAUUAGUUUCUCCAUGGUUAUUGACCGAUUCCAUGCAAAAACUUAUUCCAAAACAACGACCCGAUUACGAUUUAGACAUUAUUUCAGAAAAUGGAGAAUGGGAGUUCACAAAGUUUUCACAUACUUUGAUAUAUUAUAAGGAACUUGAUCAGACUAUGUUAAAUUACGAGCUUCACCUGAAAAGACGCUAUCUUUACUCUGUUCUAACUGUACUCGUGCCCAUACUUGCAAUGGCUAUCUUAAGUUCUAUGACGUUCGUCAUCCCUCUGGAAUCAGGGGAGAGAAUCCAAUAUUCAUUGACUCUUUUACUGGCUUUCACUGUCUUUUUAACAUUAUUUGAACAAACGAUGCCUCAGAAUUCCACAGACGUGCCCUAUCUUUCUGUGUAUGUUGGUUUCCAGUUGCUUCUUUGUGUCUUGUCGACUAUUGUUUCCAUUGUAACAACAUUAAAGAAGUAUAAAUAUAAAAUGAAAGAAACUAAUUCUCACAACGGACUGUGUGACUUAGAGAAGGGACAGGAGGCCAAGAUGGCUAAUGGAAACAAAACGUUGGAUACCAAUGACCAAGCGUCUAACCACGAGGAACAAUUCGGUAAUGCCACCUUGGACGAAAUUUCCUUUGAGCGUAGAGCAAAUAUUGCAAUGAUUUUUAUCAACAGCCUUUUGCAAUUUCUAUCAACUGUUAUCUUAUUUGUGUUGUACUGGAUUUAA